CUAGCAGCCGAACGUCUCCGGCGCCAAAAGCACGAACGUGUAGCCUUUCUGCCGACAGUUGUUACCGUAUUUGCGGUCCUUGUCGCGCUCUGCCCCCGCAGCCGCAGUGCCGCCCGGCUGCCGUGCGUGGCUGCGGUUGACUUGGGUGUGGUGAGGGGUGGAGCUCUCGGGCCGACAAGGGUGGACCACUGUGACAUCGCACAGGCCGCCCUCGCCGUCGACAGUAAAGAAGAGGUCCAUGCGCUGACUGUUGGGCUCGGCGUUGGGCGGGACGAUGUCGAGAGAGCGCAGGGGCACUUCCGUAGCAGCCGUAAUGCCCACCUCCACAAAGAUAGCGUUGAAUAUAUCGAGCAGAGUGUUGUGCUUAAACACGCGCUCCGCCGUCGCGCGGCUGUAGAGGAAAAAGUGGUCUCUGAGGGCGUCGAUGGCCACGCCGCAAGGGCAAGAGGACGCCAGGUUGGCGAGAGGGAAGGUGAGGCCGAAGGUGAGAGCGGUCGCGAGGCGGUAAGAGUAGUUGUUCAGGCACUUGCGCUUGUCACCUCGGGUGUAGGCGAGGAUAGCUGAUAGCCAGCCCGACGACAGAGGCCCCAGGCAGGUGAGAAAGCGGCAUCGGUCACGACUGCCAGCCGGAAAGGACUCGAACAGGGUGUUGAAGUCCUUCUCUGAGAGGGCCUCCGAGAGCUUCUGCUACAGUCGGGCUUGCGGGCGGGUGAUGAGCUGCUGGAUGGGAGGGAUGGCGACAGAGGGGAGAGAUGCAGAGAAGCCGGUGCGGGCGGAUGCUGCUGGGACGAGCCAUUCCAGCUGGAGAAGAGAGGCUUCUGACUCGGGCAUCCAGGGUUGCCCAUGAAAAUGGUCCCACACAU